UUCUUGUUUUUCUGAUUAAAAUCAAAACAAAGCAGAUGGCAAAUGACAAAAUUACCUAAAAUUUUUGAGUAAAAUACUCGGUAAAAUAUCAUUAGUAAAAUUAAUAAUUAUAUGAAAUAAGGAUGUAUGAAAUAUACCACAAAAUUAAUCAAAUGUAAACUCAAGAAGUCCUUGUACAUCUGAAAAAAAAACAACUUUUUUUUGCUGAAAAAAGAUACCAGAGAUUGUAUAGUAAUUGAUUGAGUUCACUGGUGAAGACAGCAAAAUUUGUGGCAAUAGGACAAAAUGGUAGUUUGUAAAUAUUUUUUACAAGGAACAUGCAAGUUUGGGGAUUACUGCAAAUUUGAACAUCAAAUAAAUGAUAAUUUUAAUGGAUACCAAAACCAAACAGGAACAUCAAUAUUGCACCAAGCAAAUUAUGCCUCAGCACAAUCUCCAAAAUUACCUAACUCAGCAGAACCAUCAUCAUCUAAUGUUGAUACCAGCACUUUGAUCAAGGCAGUAGCAAAUGAUAUGACUAUGCUUGAAAAAGGUGGUCAGUGGAUGCUUUCUUGUUAUGCCCCUUUUAAAGAAAAACCUGCCUUUCCUGGCUUUGAAGAUCAAAGUUUUGAGGAAUUAAGGUUGGGGUAUUAUGAAGCAGCAAAAAAUGGAACCAUAGAUCAAUAUAAACAGCAAAUUCAAACUAUGAUCCAGCAAAUCAUGUCAAGAGUGAAAACUCUUCAAAAUCCAUCACCAGAUAUAGUAGAAAUGCUGAAGAAAAUUUACAACACCCCUCCAUCAUCUCAGUCAGGAGUGUUUUCAGGUAACAUAUUCAGCAGCCCUAACACUUCAUCAUUGAACCAGCAGCCUACCAAUUUUGGGAUAUUUGCACAAGGAAAUCAAAAAUUGUUUGCUAAUGUUCAACCACAACAGCAGGCUCCACAGAAUACAUUUGGGUCUAUGGGAACCAAUAUUUUUGGAGGAAAUAAUCAGAAUACUGGAUUUGGUGGGCAAAUUCCUACUAAUAGUCCCUUUGCAGCUCCCCAGGGCUCUCCAACAUUGCCAAGCACUAGUAAUAGCAUUUUUGGGCAGAGCAAUACAAACUUUGCACAACAGAGCAGUAUUUUUGGGGGCCAACAAAACCCUGGUUCUAUUUUUGGAGGUGGUAAUAAUGCUAAUGCUACACCAAUCACAGGUUCAAUCUUCGGAAGUAAUAAUUCAGCACUCACUCCACAGUCUUCCUCUCAAAAUGCAUCUCAGAAUGUUUUUGGUAAUCAGAACACCCAACAAAUGUUUGGGCAACCUACAUCACAUAAUACCAAUCUUUUUGGAACCCCUGCUACUCAGGAUCCUUUGCAAGUAACACCUGGUAUUUUUGGUGGCCCACAACCUGGUCAAAUGAGUCAUCAACCUGCCAGUAAUAUUUUUGCAUCUCCUGUUAGCCAAAGUCCUGCUCCAAAUACUUCUGUUUUUGGGCAACACACCCCUGUUGCAUUUAGUACUCCUGUCAAUUCUGAUUCUGCAUUUGGUCAUGGCAACUUAGGGGCACAAGUGCAUAGUGCUAAUAUUUUCGGGGGAGCCCCGGCGAACAAUAUGGCAACACAUGUAUCUGCUGUACAUGAUGAGAAGUUGUAUUCCAAACUAGAAGAUUUGAGCCCUGAAGAAAUUAAGUGGUUUGAAAGUGAUGAUUUGGAUAUUAUGAACAUUCCUGAAAAACCUCCUACCUUCCAAAUGUGCUUCAAAGUUUGAAUUUCAGUGUUGCCUAUUUUUAUUUAUGUAAUUAUUUUUAUUAAGAUGUUUUAUUACUGUUUUUUUUUGUACAAAUGAAAGAAAAUGAAAAUACAUUAUUACUUGCAAUUAUAAGACUGGAAACCACGUA